AUGGAUGUGUACAGGCAGAGUAAUUAUAUCUGGUUUGAUUCUCCAACUCAUUCCGGUGGUAUUCCUCUAGUCGAGACUCAGCAAUGUGAUAAAGGCCCACCGGCGGCUUAUGCCAAGUAUUUGUCUGAGUUGAAUGCUCAUAGACAAGAAGACUUUGUAAGUUUAUGGUUUUAUUAGUUUUUUAUUUUAAUUUGUUGUCAGAUUUGACUAAAAAUAAGUAAAUUCAUAGUUUAGGUAUUAUUUUUUUGGUUCAUUCUUUAGUUGUUCACUUUUUAAAUAUGUUAUUAUGUCCUAAAACAGUUUAUAUUAAUUUUAUUUUGUUUUAGAGUCCUGAUGUAUCUCGAUUGUCACGAAGCUUUAGAAAAGAUGUAGAUCUAGACAAGACUGCUGAAUCAUUGGAAAACCUUUUGGAUACUCCGCCGUCUUCGUCCUCAAGAAACGGUAAACCUGAAGCCACAACCCCGGUGCGAAAGUAAGUAGAUUUAUAUUUAUUUUUUGCAUUUUAGGUAACAUUUUUGAAAUUUUUCUAUUUUAAAAAUUGAUGUUUUUAUGGACAGAGAUACGAAAAACGUGUUAAAGAUUAACAAAUAAUAUUGCCUAUUUUCAGAACACGAUCCUCUGCUACUCCUCGUCAACUACUACGCUCUCCACCUUCAGAACCCGAAGUCGAAUCAAAGUUAAACGACUCACUAGACGAAGACGAUUUUGAUUUUUUCGGGGCAAGUCAAGCCAUGGGAAAGGUCAUUGAAACUCAAAAGAUCCAAGAAUCUCAAUUCAAAGCUCCAGUUCUACCUCAAAAAGUAAAUGCUACAGUUGUCAAGAAGCCACCUCUUCCUAGACCCAACAUCUCUAUUGUUAUUGGCAAUUCUCAGCGUCAUAAUGCAGUCAAACCCAGUCAAAUUAGACAACAAGAGGUUAUUGUGGAUCACCAGGCAAAGGUUAUGGGACCUCCACAACUUCUUGGAUCUUCUAAUCAAAGACAAGUUAAUGUUCAGAAGGUUCAAAAUGAUGUUAAUCAAGCUGUUCCCAGUCCAAUUAUGCCAGGACUAAAAAAAAAUGUUAUUGUUAACCAAAGACAGCCCCCAAGCCAAGCUCCACGACGGCCAGUGACUCGACAACAGACUAGAAUCUCAGGCCAAGGGUUGAGCGGAGCUUCCAAUCAGUCGGUCCAAAGUAAUCAGUCCGGUGGAUAUCAGCCUGCAAGACCAGCGGUGAAGAGGAAGCAGAUUUCGGUCCCUUAUCGACCAUCUCAGAGUGUUAGGAAGACGAAUUCAGUUCAACAGGUACCAAAGAAGAUCCCCAACAACACAACGCCGCUUCGAGGUGGAGCUGUGGACAGGACAAAGAGUAUGCAGACGAAAGACGACUUCUACGAUGACAGCAGUCUGCAAGGCUGGAGGAUGUAG